CCGCCUCCCGAGGAAGCGGGGAGGCGUGUUGAGGUUGUACCGAGGGCGUGGCACUGGGAUCCUAGCGACCUCAGAAGCCGGCAAGAUUUCUCGAGGAAGUUCUGACUCGGGUGAGGGAAGAGGAUAGAAAAGCGUGAUCACGUAUCUAACUCCUAGAACCUCGGCGUUAUUUCUGGCCUGGAUUCAGGUCUUGGUAGAACUUGGUAGAACUUCGGAGUUGGCCGAGACCCGGAGAAGUUUGUCCCUCUCCGCAGUCGGUAGUCGGCGUGUGCGCAGAAGACAUCUCUGUUGCCAUGGCGGCUGCUCCCUCCCCUGUGCUAUUAGGUCUUCGAGACGCUGAGAUGAGGGGCCAAGUUGAAGGGCCCCAGGAAGGGGCCUGGACUAUCAAUAAAAUGGGCGGCAUCCCGGACAGUCUGCCCUCAGUCCCUGCCCCCCGGCCGAGUUGCGGGAGCUGCGGGGCCGAGAUGGCGCACAUCGUCCAGGUCUACUGUCCCCUUGAAGGUUCGCCUUUCCACCGACUGCUGCACGUGUUCUCCUGUGUGCACUCGGAUUGCGUGGGCCAGCGGUGCAGCUGGAAGGUGUUUCGCUCCCAAUAUUUGCAGAGGCAAGAGGAGUACACACGGGAUUCCAAACUAAAGCAGAAAGAGGAAAAUAACAUUGCAGUUAAAGACUGGUGUGAAGGAGCAGAAGACUGGGGAGACGACAGUGGAAGUGAUCCUGCACUAUGUAUUACAAAUGAUCUGCUUGAUUCAAAUGUAGGAGAUAAUUUUAAUGUAGAUGAAAACACAGAUUGUAUGUCCCAAUUCCAAGAACUCACACUUAAUGAAGUUUUGAGUGACUCUUGUUCCUUUGGUCAUAUAAAGUCAGCUGGAGGAGGACAUGUAUUGCCCGGCUCAUCAGUUCCUGUGUUUCAGCCCUACUAUAUCAAUGUAAUGGAUGAAGAAGAUUAUACUAAUUUUGUUGAUACAAAUCAUGCCCAAAAACUUCUGCAGGAGUAUGGAAAAAGGGAGGGAGUUGAAUUGGAACUUUUGAUAGCUCAAAGUUUUAUUUUUGACAGUGGUGAACAAUAUGAGAAGGCUGUUUCUAAAAGUAAUGAUAAAAUAUUUUAUAAAUUUAUGAAAAGAAUUUCUGCCUGCCGUGAACAGAUUCUGAGAUACUCUUGGAAUGGGCAGCCUCUCUUUAUAACUUGUCCUUCAUCAGAUGCUACUGAGAUUCCAACCUGCAGUAACUGUGGGAGCUCUAGAGUUUUUGAGUUUCAGCUUAUGCCUGCAUUGAUCAGCAUGCUUAAAAGUAAUCUGUUAGAUAUCUCUGUUGAAUUUGGAACAGUUUUAAUUUAUACUUGCCAGAAGAGUUGUUGGCCUGCUAAUCAUCAAAAUCCAAUGGAAGAGUUUUGUGUUAUACAAGAAGAUCCAGAUCAAAUGUUAUUUAAGUAGAAUCUCUUCUUUUUUCUUGUGUAAAUAAAAUUUAAUUUUUAAACCAGAAAAAGCAUUAGUGUCAAAAAUAUGAGUUUUUGUGGCAACAGGCAACUAUUAAAAGUAUUGUACAAUUUCCCAAAUGUAAUUCAAAUCAAUUUUCUCUUAUUUAUAGCCCCCAGAAUGAAUUUUCUCCUAGGAAUGAUAUGUGAAUUCUGUGAAUUAUAGAAUACCAGGGUCUGAAAAGAAUCAGAAUUGUGUAUGACCUCAUGUGAUGAAAAAAUACUUGGUAUGUACAUAAGUGAACAGUGGUAUAAUUACAUUGGCAUAUAUUUAA